GUUCGAAGCCUGCCAUUCCCGUCAUUGUCAGCCUCAGCCAUUCAGCCUCGUCGCGCAGAUGCAAUCGCGUCUCCCAGCAAUCAACCCUGACGUACUCAAGUACAGAACUGUACUCCUGCAAAGGCAAAGGCACAUGGCACAUGGCACAUAUCAGAAAUGUCGGAACAUGAAGAAGAUGUUAGCCAUGCCGGCUUGGAUUCAAUUGAUCAUCAGGUAAAUCUAUUUGGUUUAUUCAAGCACGUUGUGACGACGUGACUGUUGCUAACUUGAACAUAGCCAGCCUUCAUAUAUACCCCCCGUCACAAUCAUAACGAUGCACCCAUCGAGCCGCCUGCAAAGCGAAGAAAGAUAGGUACAGGCCGAAGAACAACGUCAGCGUCAAAGUCAUGGCCAACGCUGCAACCAAAUCCAACCAAUUUUGAACCACUUUUGCGCGGAGUGGAGAGUGAGGAUUGUAUAAUGCUGCGCCAGGAGCUAUUUCAAAAAUGCUGGUCGGAAACAGACUCGCGCAUCCAGGUGCAAACUAUACUCCCACUGAUGCCCCUGGGAAUGCCACGCUAAAAAUUGGUGUAUUCUAGUCGGUAUUAGAGGAAGCAAAUGACGAUACUCUCGCCGAAGUCACGAACCUUGUUAAUGCCCCUGAAAAUUUGGAGUAAGAGAAGAUGGUAUGUUUCAUUGAAGUUUGUACUAAAAUCUGCAUAGGAUCAGUGACAGAUUACCUGCGAGUUUCAUUGUCACGGGGCCAAACAUUGCAUCUCAAGGCCUUUUAUUCAAGCAGCUAUCAACUCGGCUGAGAGUAGAGGUCGAUGGACCAGUGGUAGUUCUACGCUCUGGAGACGCCUCAAAUUUAAAGGCUAUAUUGAAGCAGCUUAUCCGUGCAGCUACAAACCAGGGCGGUCAUGAUGAAGAGGUACUUCAUGAGCAAGAUGUGGGAAACCCUUAACAACUUACACUCGAGACCAUCUGCUCACACGAGAUAGGGACGAAAACUCUUGUAUUAUGAUCUUGAAAUCCUUCGUGGUUAUGUCAGAGCACAUUCGCACAAAAAAGUCGUGAUUGCAUUUCAGGACAGUGAGGGCUUCGAAACCAGUCUAUUGGUCGAGCUGAUCACAUUAUUCAAGUAAGCUGAACUGAAUGCCAUCCAAGAUCCAAUGCUAAUUGUUCGCUUAGUUCGUGGAAGGAUCGGAUUCCAUUUGUGUUACUAUUCGGAAUUGCAACUUCUGUUGAGCUUUUUCAAGAAAGACUUACACAAUCUGCAAGUCGCUGUAUAUACGGCACACAGGUUGACGUUGAACAGAGUAGCGUGAUCAUUGAAAAGAUAUUCCAGAAAGCAGUUGCUAGUUCUGGGGCCACUCUACGACUGGGGCCUACGCUUCUCUCUACACUCAUUGAACAACAACAAAGUUAUGUUCAGAGCGUGCAAUCUUUUAUUGCUACUAUCAAGGUGAAGCGAAAUUAUCACUUUCGAAUGCAAUAAUCACUGACUGAUAUAGUAUACAUAUAUGUGUCACUUUUACGGAAAUGCAUUGAGUGUGCUGAGCGAUACAUCACAAGGUUUUGCUAAAUCUGUCAAGCGUCUUCAACCAUUCCAUUUUGAAACAAUCAGAAUGCUUCCGUCAUUUCAGAAGCUCGUCGAGUCGAAGGUGGAGGGCGGAGAAAGAAUUCGUCCCCGAGAACUUCUAGAGGAAGAUGCCGUUGUACUCGAGGAGGUCGAAAUCGCUCUCGAGUCUAAAGAGAAAGACAUUCUCCGACUUUUGAGAGCCCUUCACGUUUUUCGACAGGCCACUAAUGACGCAGAUGGUGGUAUCGAACCAUACAUGACCAUUUUCGAGGGCGGACUACAGGAAUCCGACUACCUCAAUCGGAUGCUUACUUCAAUUAAAGGAAUGGCACCUAACGAAUUAAUUGCCUUUACAGGCAGAAUAAUCACCGCAAUAGAGGACGGAAGCCCAGCGAUGGAGCUCGAAGGCUGGGCCGAUGAAGACCAAAUAUUCCUAUCAACAAUUCAAGAUAUCAAAGCAAAAAUCGUCGCUCUGCAGGAACAAGCAGAGGGAAAUGGCACUCUCAUCCGCAGUAGCGAGGUCAUCAACAGCAAAAGCAUGCGAACAACCGUCAUCGCUCAACGGGUAGAAAUGGCCCGACAAAAGUCUUCCCUCUCCGAAGCAGAAAGGGAUUUUAUUAGUCUGAUUGAGAAAUUAACAACCCUCCUCUAUGCAUACUUUACCCUAGGCAACCCACAAGACUUAUUCCUACACGAAACAUGGCUCUGCGAUUCCACCGACUCGAUUCUCGAGGUUUUCGCCCCAAAACCUAGAACGGCCAUUGAAGAAGCCCUUUUAGCGCCGAAUGCAUUUAUUAAUUGUGAAGCUGCUACCGAUGGUGAUGGACCAUCGGCUACACAGCCUCCUGUCGCCAUUUUGUAUCAGAGAUAUUUGGAGGCUGGUUCGUUAAUUAAUAUGGCUGAUAUGUGGUCUUCGUUCUUGGAGAUUGUGGCGGGGGAUGAUCCGGAGUAUAAUGAGAGGGAGGGCUUGAUGUUGUUUUAUAGGGGAUUGGCGGAUUUGAAGUUGUUGGGGAUGGUUAAGCAGAGUAAGAAGAAGACGGAUCAUUUGGCCAAGGUUUCGUGGAGGGGAAUUUGA